CCCUCGAUCCAAGCAGACCGCUACAGCACGAAGAUGGCGUCGGAGGGAGCCAGCGGAGAGCAGCCUCCUCCGGUACAAACACUGGCAACGGCCGCGCUGGGAAGCGUCGACACGAAAUGUGAGUUCAACAUGGAUAACCUGAGCAAGCCAGAGCUGCUCACCCUGCUGAGUAUCAUGGAGGGGGAGCUGGAGGCCCGCGACCUGGUCAUAGAGGCCCUGAGGGCUCAGAGGAAGGAGGUGUUCCUCCAGGAGCGGUACGGCCACUACAGCCUGACCGACCCCUUCCUGGCCCUGCAGAGGGACUUCGAGUGCGGGGUCCCCGGAGGAGACAAGGAGCGCCGGCCCCUGGGCUCCAGCCCCAUCUCCGUCCUGGAGGCCGUCAUGGCGCACUGCAGGAAGAUGCAGGAGCGCAUGUCGGCCCAGCUGGCCGCCGCCGAGAGCCGCCAGAAGAGGCUGGAGAUGGAGAAGCUGCAGCUGCAGAGUCUGGAGCAGGACCACCGCAAGCUGACGGCGCAGCUGAAGGACGAGCGCGAGAAGAACAAGCACAUCGUCAUGAUGCUGGUGCGCGAGUGCAAGCAGCUCGCCACGCGCGUGGUGGAGGAGUCGCAGCGCUUCGACGAGCUCCAGGCCCGCCUGGACGAGGACGGCCGCGCCGCCGGCCGGCUGCACGGGGAGCUGGGCGCCGAGCGGCAGCGCGGCCAGCAGAUGGAGGCCAAGAUGGAGAAGCAGCUGUCGGAGUUCGACACGGAGCGCGAGCAGCUGCGCGCCAGGCUAGGCCGCGAGGAGGGCGAGAGCCAGAGUCUGCGGCAGCAGGUGGAGCAGCUCAGGACUGAACAGGGCGACGGGAAGGAUGGCGCCCGGCCCGCCGCCGGAGCGGAAGCCGCCGCCGCCGUCACGCCACCCACACCGCCGGCUGUGACGUCCGUUUCCGUAGCCACGGAGCCCAUAAGCUCUCGAACGGCGUCCUGCCAGACGGACCCGCCCCCCGCCGAGGUUGAGGGUCCCAAGAAGAACCCGCUCAGCACCCCCGUCAAACCGACCCCCGCCAACUACGCGGGCCUGAGUCUGCCGAAGACCGGCGGCCGGGGGAUCGUCCACAGCAGCUCGGGGGGUCUGGCGCAGACGGAGAACGGCUCGGAGGGCCAGGCCCCGCACGGCCUGCCCAGCGGGGUCAGCCCCCGCGUCCAGGCGGCCCGCUACAAGUUCCAGGAACAGGACCAAAACGGCACGGCGUCCCAGAGCCCCCCGGCCCGCGACCUCUCCCCGACCCCGGCCAACCGGGACAACUUCGCCGCCAAGCAGCAAGCGCGGCACACCGUCACGCAGGUCCUCUCGCGGUUCACCAGCCCGCCGGCGGGAGGAUCGCUGCGCCCGGGCCUGCCCCACUCCGCCUCCGAGGGGGGGCCUUUCUCCGGCCGCCUGAGCCACCCCAUCGGCAUCAAGUCGCCCACGGUGGCCAGGAUCGACCGGGGGAACCCGCCCCCUAUCCCUCCCAAAAAGCCGGGGCUCUCCCAGACCCCAUCUCCUCCUCAUCCACCCAUCAAGGGCCCGGGGGACGGCGGCCGCUCCCCCGGGGCCGGGCUCAAACCCGCCACCCCCCAGCUGCCGCCCAAACCCGCCCUGGACCUGGUCCCAGCCCUGACGGCCUCUCAGGUGGGUGCCUGCCCCCAUUCGCGCUCCGGCCGGGGCCCCCAGCGGCAGCCGGCGGCAGCAUGCGCAGAGUGCCCCCCCGUCAUCAGCGCCGCCACCACUGUCAGUAGCCCCUCCUCCAUAAACUCCCCCUCCACCUCCUCCUCCAUUAGCGCUCCAUCCUCCCGUAGCCCCCGAGCCUCAGCGGGCAGCCCCUUGGCAACAGCAUCAGGCUGGUGUCCCUCCGUAGUCUCCUCUCUCGGCGGCGGAGGGCCUGCUGCCCUGGACGGCGGGCGCUCCCUCCUCCCCCAAGCUGCUUCCCAGGGAAAUGUCACUUUAUUGUCUAUGCUGCUUAACCAACCAGACCCGACCACCACCACCACCACCACCACCACCACCACCACCACUACUUCUACUACUACUCCCACCGACUCCACCGACUCCACGGAGAACACGCCCAUUCUUCUCGACCAAGACCUCUACCACAACCACACCGCUGCCUUGUUUGCUGCUGCUCAGAAUGGACACUCAGAGUGCGUGGAGCUGCUGCUGUCCUCGGGAUCGCCCGCCGACGUCCCGGACGACAACGGAUUCACACCUUUACAUUAUGCUGCCGCCCACGGCCACAGCAGCUGUGUGGAGGUGCUGUUGUCUGCAGGAGCUGCUGUGGACUCGGCGGCGGGGGGGCAGACCUCCCUCUUCCUGGCCUGCGAGGCGGGGGGGCUGGACUGCGUCCGCGUCCUGCUGGGCGCCGGAGCCGAUCGCUCGCUCACCACCACGGACGGCUGCACGGCUCUCCACGCCGCCGUGCGCUCCGGACACGUGGACACGCUGCGUCUCCUCCUCUGCCACCCGACUCCGGGUGACCCCGCCGUGACCCCCGACGACCCCCCCGCCGCCGCCGCCCUGGCGCUGCCCGCCGACCUGCUGAACCGGGCCAACGGCGACGGCUGGACGGCUGCACACACGGCUGCUGCCCUGGGCCUCAAGGAGUGUCUGGAGGUGCUGUGCAGCCACAGUGAACAGGACAUCGAGAGGAGAGACAAGUGUAAUCGCACUAUUCAUGACGUGGCCACUGAUGACUGCAAAGAUCUACUUGAAAACCUCCACUCGUACCGGGUCCUGGUGCGUCUCCAGUGUCCGGGCGGCGGAGGAGCCGGUUCCCUGUGCCCCGUGGAGGCCCUGGAGGAGGAGGCGAGCGGCGUCACCAGCAGCCGCUCGGCGCUGGGCAGGGUGGCGGUGGACCGGUCCACGCGCUGGCGCCAGCUGGGCGCCGACCUCGGCCACGCCUUCGCCGCCUACCUCCAGACCGUCUGCGGGGAGCCUCAGACGGCCGGCGAGGAGGCGCAGAGCCCGCCGCUCGGCCUCAGCGCCGCCAGCAUCGCCUCCGUCCUUAUAGGUGACACCGAGUGGUUGCCAGAUCAGGAGCCUCCUCUGUCCCCCUGGGACCUGGUCCGGAAGCCCCUCUGUCAGAGCAUCACCAUCCGCCUCAAAGGUCUGUCUGAGUCGUGUCUCGAUGAGUUGGCUCUGGAACACCUCUUCCCGCUGCCGCUGCUGCACAACUACGUCCGUCUGGUGGAACAGUAUGGAACCCUCAUCUUUCAUGGCCUUGAGGGCAGCUGUGAGGAACCCAUCGCCAGUCUGGUCGCCCGCUGUGUCAAGUCCAAGCAGGAGAUGGGCGGGCUCAGCUGUGACGUGGUGAGGGUGGAGGUGGAGGAGAGCCUGACCAAGGAGACGCUGCUGGAGACCUUUGUGGCCUGUGGCUUCCUGGUUCCGGCGGCGGGCUCCGGGCCUCCGGGCGGUCGCACUGGUCCCAGUGUGGUGGUGCUGCUGGAGGGACUGGAGAAGGCCUCCUCCCUCACGGGCCUGCUGGGAGACCUCUGCCACAGCCUGGACAACAGGGGCUCCGCCUCUCCGCUGGUCCUCAACGCCGGUCCGCACCGCUUUCGCGAGGGCAGCUUCCUGAUUGCGACGCUGUCCAAGCCCCGCCUCCAGGGGUCAGAGCUCCGCCUGCAGCAGCACUUCCGCUGGGUGACGCUGCGCUGGGACCGCGAGCCGCUGCACGGCCUCCUGGGAAGGCACCUCCGCAGGAAGCUGCUCCACAAGAUGGGGACCGGCGUCUGGUCACCUGACGGCGUGAUGGAGCGCUGCGUGCUGUGGGUGAGCCUCGUCUGGCAGCAGCUCAACGCCUGCCUGUCCCGCCUUGGGACCCACGAGGCUCUGCUGGGCCCGCGGCUCUUCCUGUCCUGCCCCGUGGUGCUGAACAACAGCACCCAGGCGGUCGUCAGGUGGUUGGCUCGGCUCUGGAACGCCGUGGUCGUCCCGCGCGUGGAAGAAGCCGUCAUCUCGCGGGUAACAGCCAAGCGCUGCUCUUCCUCCUCCUCCUCCUCUUCUUCUUCCUCGCCGUCGCAGCACUCGUCUCCUAGCAACCGCGGCCUGUCUGCCGGGCAGCAGGCUGUGGUGAAAGCCGCCCUCAGCAUCCUGGUCAACAAGGCCGUCCUCCAGGGCUGCCCUCUGCCUCGGCACGAGAUCGACCGGUACCUGCUGGAGUUUCGGGGCGGGACCUUCCCUCUGUCGGCCAUCGGCUCCUACAAGGGAGGAGGAGCCAGAAAGGGGCGGGACGGCGGCAAGUUGAGGCGAUCCAACACGAGUCCUCGGAAGAAGGGAGGCCCCGCCCUGAGCUGGAGCUCUGGGGGUUCCUUCAGAGAGGGUUCGCUGUCCAGCACCGACGUCAGCUUCAUCGCCGACGGCGCCGCCCAGAGGGAACCCGAAGGCCUGGAGGGUCUGUCUGUGUUCUCUGACGACGAGACGGACUUAAUCAGAGAGCUGCAGACCCUGUGCUCCAGCAAGUCGGAGCCGGACAUCAGCAAGAUCUCUCAGGCCAAAGACGACUUGAUCCUGUUCUCCAGCUCUCCCGGUGAAGCCCCGCCCCCCCGCACGGCCGAGCAGGAAGCCGCCGUCCAGCCGGCCGUCACCAACGCCGCCGGCGGCCAGACGCCCGUCCAGAGCGCCGACCGCCGUUCCGGCGCCGGCUCUCGCUCCAAAUCGCAGCUCCCCGUCCCGAGCAGCAGGGGGCAGCAGACGCGAGCCUCCGCCUCGACGCCCUCCGGCCGCAGCAGAAACGCCGCCAACAGCGGCAGAACGAAGCCGACCAACAACGACAACAACUACCGCAACAACAUCAACGAACGCAACCAAUCGCACGAGGACAUCUGGAUCCUCCACAGAGACCUGCACGAAAACAACAACAACAACCACAGCAGCAGCAGCAGCAGCAAGUAGACGCCUCCCCCUCCUCCGACUGUGAACACCUCGAAGACGACGUACCCGACGACCUUUGGACUUUUAGUAUUCGUACUUGUACUGCAGUUGUGUACUUGGGGACCAUAGUUUUAUUCUAUCACAGUAUUUGAAGUAUUGGUAAGACUUUUAAAUGGGGGGGGCGGGGAUAAUAAACGAGAGGUUACUUUACUGUCGCCUUAUUCCAGUGUAGAUGAUAUAUAAAGUAUUUAAAUGGUGGAAACUGCCUCCGAACACAGUAAUGAAGGUAGUUCUGUGUACUUAAAGUGAAAUACUGUGCUCGUCCUACUGGUUUAAGGUACAAACAGGCCUUUUAUUUUGGUUUGUUUGUUUGUUUUUGGUGAAAAGAAAGAAACGAGUAGGCGUGUUUUUGUUUUUUUUUGCUAUUAAGUAUUUGGAGAUAUUCAAGCGUUUUAUCUUUUAAAUAGUUGCAAGGUUGGUUUAAGUACCGUCGAAAAAUGAAUCAGGGUUUUACCAAAUAUAUUUGUAAAUAAGAAUCCGUACGUUUUAAAUGCUCUAUAGAUUGGUGUACGUGGUAUAUGACGGCUUGUACAGUGACGAAAAAUAACAAAAUGAAAAGCAUCAAAAAAACAAACAACUUAACUGAACAAAAAAACAACAAAGUUGUGUACAUAGUGUUUGUAAAAGGAGUUUUUGUUGUGAAGACGUCACUUGUUUCAGAGUGACGGGCUGUGGCAAUAAGUAAUAGAAGUGUCCUAUCAGCUGUAAGCCAUAAUAAAUAUUUUAAAUGCCCAUCGAGUCGUGUUUUAAGCCCGGCGGCGUGUAAUUCAUACUUUCUUUUUACUUUUGAGGAUGAGUAUUCUGUGAAGGAGGACAUUGUUUAAAUAUAUAAAUAUAUAUAUAUAUCUAUACAUAUGUACAGGAGAGAUUUUAGUCGACUUAUGGUUUUUGAUCUGUAGCUGUUUUGAAGUUUAAAGAAUUGUCUUUCGAGCACAAACAU